AUGACACCCCGCCAUAGAGAGGGGGGCGAUAUUGCUGCAAUAUUCGUGCAUGCAGGAGCAGGAUACCACAGCGUCCAGAAUGAAAAGAUCCACCUGGAAGCCUGCAAUGAGGCGGCUAGGGUUGCCAUGACACUGCUCAAGAACGGUGGCUCAGCAGUCGACGCCGUAGAAAUGGCCAUUGCGUUGAUGGAGGACCAUGAAAUCACAAAUGCAGGUUAUGGCAGUAAUCUGACCGUCGAUGGUACUGUCGAGUGUGAUGCUACCGUCGUCGAUCACCUCGGGCGUAGUGGUGCUGUUGGCGCUGUCUCCCAGAUAAAGAACCCGAUAUCCCUAGCACGUAAAAUCCUUGAUGCUUCGACGAAGCCCCUCUCCUUGCACAGAGUUCCCCCGAAUCUUCUUGUCGGCCCCGGGGCUACAGAUUUUGCCUACGAUAAUGGCAUACACGUGCUCCCUCCCGACUUCCUGGUUUCUGAUCCUGCUAGGGAACGCUGGCGUCGCUGGAGACAAGAUCUGCAGGCUGCUGAUCGUCAAGCAAUGGUAGAGUUGGAAGAACGGAUGGAGCUCGAGUGCCAGGAUAAUCCAUAUAUGAUUUCCGAUUACCCUGGCAUUAUACGUGCAACCCAGGUUAUGUCGCCGCCUUCUAGUGUUGAGCCUAACCUGGCAGUUGAUGCCACCGCCAGUCCAAACGCAGCCAGGGUUAAUAGGGGUACCGCGAUUGAGGACGGCGCCAAUACUUCCUAUGGUAUUGAUCAGGACCAGCACAUCGACUCCAUGGAAUAUGAGCACUACCAAGAGCCGCAGGACGACGUCGACAAUGCCUUCUCUUGGGAACAGCACCCUUCCAACUUUUUGAGGGAUUCUGACGGCUACUCUGGCCACGAUGGUCGACUGACAUCGGCCGCAACGCUGCCUGUCCGCCUGCACCACGCUGAACACGCUGAAGUGACCCCAGGAGAAGAUGCGCAGAGUGGAAUAUCUUCCCCUACGCCGCACAGAAAGUCUCUCGUGGAAGACUACAAUGGACAUAAAGUGGAUAACAUCACCGAUACCGUUGGUGCCAUUGCUGUGGACUGUUAUGGAAAUAUUGCAGCAGCCUCAUCUUCCGGUGGCAUUGGGAUGAAGCAUCGCGGCAGAGUCGGACCUGCAGCUCUGGUGGGGAUUGGUACUGCCGUUAUUCCUGCGGAUCAGGAGGAUCCUGACAGGGUGUCUGUCGCUACUGUUACAUCUGGGACUGGCGAACAUAUGGCAACGACAAUGGCCGCCAGCACUUGCGCAUCACGCAUUUACUACAGCCAAAGGAAGGGCGAGGGCGGCACGUUCGAAGAGGUCACUGAGGACGAGGCCAUGAAAGCAAUGAUUGAAAAGGAUUUCAUGGAUCAUGUUGGCGUGAAGAAUAGUCACUGCCAAGCCGCCAUUGGUAUCAUGGCAGUCAAAAAGACCAAAGACGGCGUCUUUCUCUUUUUCGGUCACAAUACUGAUUCUUUCGCCCUGGCCUCCAUGAGCUCCGAGGAGAGAAAGCCAGUUUGUGUCAUGUCGCGCAGCAAUGGGAACGGAAGCAUCGCUCAAGGAGGUCGUGCUUACAGACACAGAAGAUACAGAGUUAGACACUUCCCAAUUGGGGAGUUCUAG